UCGAUCGGGAUGUCGAAAAGGAAGCUGCGGCAGUGCGCAGGCGCAAAAAAAGACGAUCUUGCUCUACGGCGCGCAUCGCAUCCUGCGUCGAAAUGACGUACAGCGCCUCUAGUGGCGCAUUGCAAUGUAAACUCCCACACGGUACCAAUGCAAAAUUAUAGGUUGUGUUUUUUCUGAAUGCUUGAAAUACUAAACAUGUACAAUAAAAUGAACACAGCGAUACCUACUCUUUCUCGGCGCGUUUGACCAGUCUGUGAAAACGUGUAACAUUUUAACACAAUAUUGGAUUGAAAAAUGUGUAGCGUGUCAUGAUGACAGCAGUGUCUCCGCCUGGCGGUUAACUGAGGCCUUGCAGUUGGUGGCCUCACUGUUCUACUUACUAAACAUCAAAAAUAAAAUAAUUUCUAGUUAUAAAAACCCCUUUCCUGAAUAAAUUAAAUAUAUUCAACUUUAUUUAACAGUAAAAAAGGUGGAAGAACUUGGACAAUCUACAGCACCAAAUGAAACCCGUGCAAUGUUCCACCGAAAACAUGAUUUUAAUACAAAAACCUGCUGUGGCAUUUGUAGUAAAACAAUUGUAGCUACACAAGUACAAUUGUGUUUCUAUAGUAAGCAUAUUCAUACAAAAUGUAGUUGAACUAAUAAGACCGAUUGCGAUCCGACAAACAGUCAUAGAUACUGCACUUCUGCUAUAAUAAAAGCAUCAAUCAUUUUCAUAAGCGUGAUUAUGGAUAGUAAACAUGCUGUGUUAGUUUUAUGGUCUGUAUUAUCAUAUGGAAAUGUGCAGUGACAUCACGCGCGUGUGUGAAGCCCCCGGAGAUUUGACUCGCGCGAGCCCGAACACACACAGACGCACAUACACUUGAAUAAACAUGCGCCUCUGUUCGGAUCCACACGACUUCACGUUCGGUUGUAAAGGGAGACCCGUCUGCCUCUAAGCUAAAUGCCUUGUGGGAUUGUCUCUCAACAGAACUGACAUCUACUAUAUUCCAAGAUCAGAGGACACACGCUUUAUUUUCUAUGCUAAGAUUUUACAGUCCAUCUGCGGGAGCAGAUCUUUUUCAGAUAGCAAACCUGUCGUUGCCUUCUCCAGAAUUGACUCGCCGACCGCCCCGCAGGGCGACCGCCUAUCAUGAGAUUCCGGAUUUACAAGCGAAAGGUGGUUAUACUGACCGUAGUGGUGGUCAUCUGUGGAUUUGCCGUGUGGAACAGCGGACGGGCCAAGAAGGGGAGCACGGUUUUUCCGAAAGAGACGGAGACCGUUAAACGGAGCGGUGCUGAGGCACCGGUCACAUCGCCGGUCACGCGGAAACCACCCAACGAGACGCUUCAGGAAAAGCCACCGGCUGCCAAAGCCGAGGUAGACAACACCACCCUAGUGUACCGAGGAAUCGUGUUCCAGCUCAACUUCGACCAGACCCUCAGGAAUGAAGAGAAGUUUGGGAAGGUACGUCGGAAGGACGACCUCGUGGUCGUGGUUCAAGUCCACAAUCGUCCAGAAUACCUGCGACUGCUUGUGGACAGUCUGAGGAAAGCCAAGGGCAUCGAGAACAUUUUUCUGAUUUUCAGCCAUGACCUCUGGUCCCCGGAGAUCAACCAGAUAGUUGCGUCUGUCGACUUCUGCCUCGUCCUCCAGAUAUUCUUCCCCUUCAGCAUCCAGCUCUAUCCUCAAGAGUUCCCAGGGAACGAUCCGAAAGACUGUCCCAGAGACAUCGCAAAGACAGACGCCUUGAAGUUAGGCUGCAUAAACGCGGAGUACCCCGACUCCUUCGGCCACUACCGGGAGGCCAAGUUCUCUCAGACCAAACACCACUGGUGGUGGAAGCUGCAUUUCGUGUGGGACCGAGUCCGAGUUCUGAAGGACCACCAUGGCCUGGUAUUGCUCAUCGAGGAGGACCACUACCUCGCUCCCGAUUUCUAUCACCUCCUCAAGCUGAUGGCGUCUCUGAAGAAGGAGCAGUGCCCCGACUGCGACGUGCUCUCGCUGGGCAGCUACGGACACGUCAGCUAUUCCAGCAAAGCCAACAAGGUGGAGGUGAAGGUCUGGAAGUCCACCGAGCACAACAUGGGCAUGGUGCUGACCAGAGACGCCUAUCAGAAACUGCUCAGGUGCACGGACAACUUCUGCACCUACGACGACUACAACUGGGACUGGUCGCUGCAACACCUGACGGUGACCUGUCUGCCCACCUUCCUGAAGGUCAUGGUCAGUGAGGCGCCCCGCGUCUUCCACGCCGGCGAUUGCGGCAUGCAUCACAAGAAGUCGGCCUGCAUGCCAACAGGCCAGAAGACGAAAAUCGAGAACAUUCUCCAGAGCAGCGGGAACCAGCUGUUCCCCAAACAGCUGCUCAUCACCAAGAGACUCCCGGCCGCCGGAGCCAAAGGUCUGGCUCCUCACGUGAAGAACGGAGGCUGGGGAGACAUCAGGGACCACGAGCUCUGCAAGAGCUACCUUCGCUUACACUGACUUUCUGCUUUUUCUUCUUGUUUUUGCAUCCUUUAAUGAAAGCCUUGACAAAUUCUUAAUGGAUUCUUUCUUCGUAUUGCCUGUUUAAUUGAAAUGUUCUGAAUAAAAAAAGUGUGUGACGUUUGGAUGUGGUGGUAAUGAGCAUCAUUUAACUCGAAUAUUUUUUGGCCGCUGGGACUGGGCGAUAUAUCAGUGAGGAGAUCGGAAACCCUAUUGAUCUAGAUAUGAUCUGAAUGAAGCAAAUCAGAUCUGGUGGUCAGAUUAGACUUUGAGCAUGCAAAAUCCAGUAGGACAGUACUGCAAAAAUGGGCGUGACUGAUACCUCCAUCUUUAACAUUUCUGUACCGAGAGGUCACGCUGUGAUGUUUUGAUCUUCUAUUGGUCUCACGGGCUCACGUGACGUGAAUUCGCAGGGGGGAGUUCACCAAACUUGAACUUUGCCACGCAAAUAUCUUCGGACGGGCUUGCCUUUCCGGCCUGUCGCACGCGCAUAAAUGGAAGUCAAUGGAGCAGAAAGUCAGGCUUGACCCCGGCUUUAGCUGACAAAUUCUUGUUGUCGCUUAUAUCGCCCAUCCCUCGGUCACUCUUACAGCAUUUUUUACCAUUUCACAAACUUUGUAUGUAUGAAAGCAUGAAAUGUCUUAUGAAUUCUAUACCCUUGUGUGUACAUGGAGACAAAAGUUGUGGAAUGCAUUCUGUUUACUCUUCAUCUAAAACUCUGGGCUAUUUUUGAUAUGCAGAUGAACUAUUUUCUACUUGCUUGAAUGUGGUUGAUGGUUUUACAGGUUGCGCUUCAUACUCGAUUAUUAGAAUGCGUUUGCAAGACAUUAAAAUUGCAUUGACUCUCUGGCAGUCCUUCUUCGGCCCGUUGGAGAUGCUUUGUCCUAUUUCCACCAGCUUCCAUUUAGUCUUGUAACAGAUCUGUGUGUCCUCAAUAUUCACAGACCCAAGUGUGAAGACUAAGUUGCAGUCAAGCAGUGACGUACUCGUGUCUAUUAUAGGCGGUAGAGAGGAGUAUUUCAUGCUUAAAGGAAGAGUUCGACCAAAAAAUGAGGUGUAAGUGUUGAUUCAAAGAGAAUUUUCAUCUCACAUCAUUGCGCCAUUCAAAGUGACUGACUCCAUCAUUGCAGAAGUUCCUCCAAAAGUCAUCAUUUACUCACUUUGUGAAUUUGUUGUGAUGAACACAGAGAAAUAUAUUUGGACGAAUGCUUGCAACCAAACACUUCUCGACCACCAUUGACUCCCAUAGUAGGAAAAUAUCUUGUUUUGUACAAAAGAUGUUAUGAAAAACUGUGGACAGCAAACAGUUCUGGGAUCCUUUUGCCUACCAUAGUCAUUUUUCCUCCCAUGGGAGUCAAUGGUGACCAAGAACUGUUUGGCUACAAGCAUUCAUCCAAAUAUCCUUCUCCAUGUUCAUCAGAACAGAGGCAUUCGUGCAGGUUUGGAACAUCUCAAAAGCGAGUCAUUUAUGACAGAAUUUAAAUUUUUGGGUGAACUGUCCCUUUAAUCUUGAUCUAUGAUCUAUGUAACAAAUUGAAAUCUUCCCCUCUUUACCUGCCUUUCAGAUAUAUUUAAAUGUAGACACUCACGAUCCAUUUAAGUUUACAAAAGGUAAUGAAAAGUACUUACAGAGAGUGACCCUCACACGCUCUACAAAGAAUACAUUUCGAUGUUUAUAUGUUGGUUGUGGAUUGUGAAAGCAGAACUUUUCACAAAGCAUCACAGCGACAGGGUCUAUAACAGUUGAAAGCUAGAUUCUCUGAUGAACAUUUUUAUUGGUGGUGUUACUGUAGUCUCAAACAGAUGACUACAGUGUUAAUCCAAAGUGACUCAGACCCAUUAAGUGGUUUACUUUGAAGAGCAAUAAGAACGUUUUUUAAAAAGCACAUUUAAAAAAAGUCAGACGUGAAGGUGAAGGAAUGAUUCCGUUCUGAAUGAGAUUCAUUCUUCUGUAUUACUUCUUUGGCUUCAUACCGACAGAAGAUAUAUUUUCAAUAGGCUCAGCCAUAGAAUCUCGUUAACUCUUAAAUCCAUCUCUUCGUGUUAAUAUCUGUAAUCCUGGUAUGGAGUACAAAUAAUCUGUUUAAAAUGAUUCCAGCUCUGUAAAUAUGUCAUUAUAUCAACAGUGAAAAGUAAAACUAGUUGAUGUGUCAUAAACUGAUCACCUGAAAGUUGCAGAUGCAAAUCUUCUUAAACAACAAUAACACCAGUCGAACUAACUCAAAUGAUCCAUUCAUCUCUGUUAUGACAACAUAAUGAUUCUGAAGGUAAACAUC